UAUCGCACAGACAGAGAGGUCAGCUUCACUGAGUCUUUCUACAGUGUGUGUGUAAACUAAGGAUUUACAGUGUGUGUGAGAGAGCAGGCACACAUACACACACACACUUCCAAAGGUGUGUGUGUGUGUACACGGAUUGUGUGCGCGCGAGGGGGAUUAGUUAGCCCAAGAGUGAGACGGCACUAGAAUACUAAGUAGAAAUGUGAAGAGGAGAAACUUUUUAAAAACUACACCAACAUGCCAACAGAAGAGUUCCUGUUCCCUGAUGUCUUACCCCCUCUGCUGGAGGUCCCCAUUCUUGAAGGGGCGGUGCUAAGCCAAGGGGCCUUCCGAAACCCCGCCCUCAGACACUGCUCCUCCCACAGCAUGGAUUCUGCCCAGUGCAACGACCGACCUGUCAGCUACACCUCCACAUCCUCCUCCUCCUCGUCACGGGACAGCAACUGCUCAGCUGUGUUAGGCUCCGCCCUUGUGCGGGACCGAGAUUCUGGGGCGAUCCGACUGGAACUCAUCCCCGCCCGUCAGCUGGAGGAGGCGGAGCCACCUGCACCAGCCAAUCAGGAUGAAGAGCGUAAAGUGGCCUAUGUGGAUCAUGUAGUGCAGGAGAUCCUGGAGACAGAGAGGACUUACGUCCAGGACCUGCAGAGUAUCGUCCAGGAUUACUUUGAGUGUAUCAGUAAUCAGGCUCGUCCCAUGUUGGGGUUGGAGGACAGGAAUUCGCUCUUUGGAAACAUCCGGGAAAUUUACUGUUUCAAUAGGCAUCUCCUGUAUGAUUUGGAGAAGUGUAACUCAGACCCGGUGGCCAUCGCUCAUUGUUUUGUGGCGAAGAGUGAAGAAUUUCAUAUUUAUACACAGUACUGCACUAAUUACCCAAGAUCUGUAGCCGUUCUCAGUGAGUGUAUGAGGAAUAAAUCAGUAGCAAAGUUUCUGCGUGAGCGUCAGGAGUGUGCGAAACACUCUCUUCCUCUCGGCUCCUUCCUGCUCAAACCUGUACAGAGGAUCCUCAAGUACCAUCUGCUGCUGCAUGAGAUCGCCACACACCUGGAGAAGGACUCCGAGAGACAUGCUGUGGUUCAGGAGGCUAUCGACACCAUGCAGAGGGUUGCAUGGCACAUUAAUGACAUGAAGAGGAAACACGAGAACACCGUCAGACUUCAGGAGAUACAGAGUUUACUGACAAACUGGCAGGGUCCUGAUCUGAUUGGUUAUGGUGAGCUGGUUUUAGAGGGAACGUUCCGGGUCCAGAGGGUGAAGAAUGAGAGAACGCUCUUCCUCUUUGACAAACUCCUCCUCAUCACCAAGAAACGGGAGGAAAACUAUGCAUACAAGGCUCACAUACUGUGCUGUAAUCUGAUGCUGGUCGAAGUCAUUCCUAAGGAGCCACUGAGCUUCAGUGUGUUCCACUACAAAAACCCCAAACUACAGCACACAGUUCAGGCCAAAUCUCAUCAGGACAAGCGAACAUGGAUCCAGCAUCUGAAAAGACUCAUUCUCGAGAACCAUCCAGCAAAAAUUCCAGCCAAGGCCAAGAAGGCCAUUCUGGAAAUGGAUGUGCACCAGUUUAGCCCCGAGGGCCAGAACAGAAUCAACCUGAAAGAAGGUCCUUCACCCAGAAGAGCGCGCAGGAAGACGGAACCUUUGUCCAAACUGCUCAAAAACAAACAUGCAAUAUCCAGUCCAGAUAUACAGAAGCGAAGCAGUUUUGGUGCAACCCUUCUGUCUCCUGUAGUCCAUCUGGGCACCAUUGGUCGAUCACGUAGCCUCGUCAGCCAAUCACAGGAAUCACUGGACCCUGGCGACCACGGCGACCACAGUGACGUAGAUGAGGGGUUGCAUCCACAGGAUGCUGACGAUGAAGAUGACAGUGGACUGGGCUCUGGAGGAAAGCUACGUGUACCUGGAAAGAGUAGCAGAAAGAGGCUAAAUGCCCAGGUAUCAGUGGACAGCAUCGACCAGUGGAAGAACCGUAGCCUUGACCAUAUCGAUCUACAGACAGCCAAAGAGUCUCUGCAGAAAGAGACAGUGCACACACCCAUCUUACGGGUGACCUGUCCUUCAGAAACACGGGUUGAUGAUCAAUUUUCCCAGUUUCUGGGUAGAAGCAGUGGACAUUCUGUGCCAAAUAUAUGGGCAGACCACAGGGUGCGUCGAGCCAUGUUCCCUACUCGUCAAAAGACUGUCCAAAUUGAUGACGAUGAAGACAUCUAUCAGAUGUUUGUUCCAACUGAAAAUGACACAAGUGGGCAUGAUGCCGAAAGCGAUCAUGAUGCAGUUGAUGAUCGUCCUGGACGCCCGUGCAGCUGGCAUGUUGAACAGACAAAGUCAGGGCGGUUAGACCUCCCGGCCAGCAGGGGAAAAGUUUUACGGAGGGCAAGUAGUGUUGGAGAGCAGCAAAGCGAGCGACAAAGUCCUACAAAGAGAGCUGUCCUCAAAGAAGAAGUACACGAUAAUACAGAAUCAUCGAGUAAUGAGAUAUCCGGAUCUUCUUCAGCAGAACAGCUAACAAUCGAUGAUAUUGAGAAUGUUUAUGACAAUAUUAGCUAUGAAGAACUGCAGGCCAUGGGACUCAUUCGGAAGGAUCCGGAGGUUACUCACUCCUCUUCAGAAGAGAAACCGGUCGUACCUCCACAAAUCUUAGUUUCUCCAGUUGAAUUCAAGAGCUCCUCUGAAAGCAACAGGUCUUCAGGCCAAGAGGGAGCACCAUUUGAAUCUGCUGUGCAGACACCCGAUGAAGAGGAAAAUGUCUAUGAUACCAUUGUGUUUCAUGACCUGCCACCUCCGGUCACUGAGAAAGGAAAGGGAAAUGAACAAGCAGACAAACAGGAUUACCUGCAAUCAGCCAUGACGGACUUGACAUUUAGCCAGAACACAGGAACUGUUGUUAUAGAUGAAACACCAAAUCUGGAGCACAGCAAAGCAACAACUCGACCCCUUCCUGAGAUUCCCAUUGUUUCAAUUACUGAUAUGGACAGAGCAUCAACUUUGGAUAAAACCUCCGAGCAGUCUGUGGCUGAUCACAUGUCAGAGCAAGUUGAUGAGAUCUGGAAUGAUCUGGAAAAUUACAUCCGGGAUAAUGAAAAGAAACCAGACAAGCUUCCUGCUGCAUUCCCUGUCAAUAGACCAGAAUCCCCACGCAAGAUUCGUGAUUCUCAAAGUAAAAAGGAAAGUUCUUCGGAUAAAUUACACAACUCUCCAACAAAGGCAGUCAAAACUCAGCCAAAAUCACAAGAAUCUCAAGAAAAGACACGGAAAUCGCAUCAAUCUCCCAGCAAAAAAUGUGGUUCUGGACGCAAAAAUACUGACUCUCAAGUCAAAACAGAUGUUGCAAAGAAGGUAAAGAAAAGCACAUCAUCACCCAGUCCUCCAGCCUUCCACCCUAUUCCAACAUUUAAAUUUCCAGUGCUCAGUGUUCCCAAACUUGUGCGAGAGCCGACAUUUGAGAUUGAUGAGCCUGAAUCCCCUCCUUCAACACCUCCUGCUACACCUUCUCAUUCCCAGGUCUCCACCUCUGCUCCCCAGGUCUCCACCUCUGCUCCCCAGGUCUCCACCUCUGCUCCCCAGGUCUCCACCUCUGCUCCCCAGGUCUCCGCCUCUGCUCCCCAGAUCUCCACCUCUGCUCCCCAGAUCUCCACCUCUGCUCCCCAGGUAUCGACCCAGGUCUCCACCUCUGCUCCCCAGGUAUCGACCCAGGUCUCUAUCUCCGCUCCCCAGGUAUCGACCCAGGUCUCCACCUCUGCUCCCCAGGUAUCGACCCAGGUCUCCACUUCUGCUCCCCGGGUAUUAACCCAGGUCUCCACCUCUGCUUCCCAGGUAUCGAUCCAGGUCUCGAGCCCCGCUCCCCAGGUCUCGAGCCCCGCUCCCCAGGUCUCGAGCCCCGCUCCCCAGGUCUCGAGCCCCGCUCCCCAGGUCUCGAGCCCCGCUCCCCAGGUCUCGAGCCCCGCUCCCCAGGUCUCGAGCCCCGCUCCCCAGGUCUCGAGCCCCGCUCCCCAGGUCUCGAGCCCCGCUCCCCAGGUCUCGAGCCCCGCUCCCCAGGUCUCCACAUCUGCUCCUCAAGUCUUGAACCCUUUACCUCAAGUCUCCAGCCCUAUCAGCCAAGUCUCAAGCAAUGUUCCCCAUGUCCAAGUCUCCUGCCCUAUUCCUGAAAUCCAAAUCUCCAGCCCUGAACCUCCACCUGGCACAGUCAAGAGCAUUCGGAACAAACUAGCUAGGCUUAGCAGUGGAAGCUUCCGCAUUGAUGAUGAUGAUGAGGAUCCUCCUACACAGAAAGACCCCGAGCUGCAAACACUGUUUAGUGGUUUGGACCCUUCUUUCUUACCUCUGACAUCUUCUGGUCUUCUUUUGGCUGGAGAUGCUGGUGACCAGCUUCUGGAUUUAGGGGAGAAAGGUAGAAACAGAGUAUUCCUGAUGGCAAGACAAUACAGCCAGAAGAUCAAGAAGGCUAAUCAGCUGUUGAAAAUGAAGAGCAUGGACCAUGAGCCCAGCUGCACAAGACUCAGGACAAACAAGGCAAAAGAUUUAGCUGCGAUUCUGGAAGAGAAAAAGCAAGGUGGAGCUGCUAUAGGAGCAAGGAUAGCUGAGUAUUCUCAGUUAUAUGAGCAAGUGAUGUUUAAGGAGCCUUCUACUACUACUCCAGUGCUGAAAUCUUCAGCUAGCGUGUCAGGACCUCACCCGUUGUACUCGCGCUCAAGUUUGUCUUCCUCCCCAUCUCUACCUGAGAGUGCUUUCCCAGAGACCGACUGGUUAAACUGCACCUACAGCAAUGGCGAACUUGCCGGCUUUGUGUCCUGGCCUGCUGAUGUUGAAGGGUGCUCUUCGACCCCUCAGCAAAAGUUGUCUCCUGCAAUAUCUGCCCCUGCCUUGAAGAACCUUCCCCCACCUCUGAGCACUCCAUCCAAUCAACGCUGGAGUGCCUGUGUGACUCCAUCCAGCAAAGAUGACUCUGAACAUGUUUAUAGCACAUUGGGGCAGCACAAUUUUAAAACUCCACUUUAUAGCCGCUGUCAGUCCUCGUCCUCGUUGGCUGAGCAGCAAGAGAAAGAGAACAGCAGGAGUUUUGGAAAUCUGGGACAAACCAGUCGUCCAGGAGGGGAUGCGAUUGCAGGACAUGGUCUUGGGCCUCGGCAGCGCAGCCUUCCUGAGAGUCCUGCCCAAACGACCUCGGACCUUUCCCAGUCAUGUGAUCUCACACUAAGGGACUCUCAGCAAGUGCUGGUGCUGGACAGACAGACAAAUCUGAAUGCGAUCAGUGCCACACAGAACUACCUGGCCAAUUUCAAAGACAACGGCGAUGAUGAUGAUGAUUAUGUCGAAAUCCGAUCCGAGGAUGAGAGUGACGGCAUGGAAAAGGGCAGUACAGUGAGCCCACAAUCAGCUCUGCACAGCUACGUCUGGAAUGACCCCGACGACAGUCAGCAAGCACUCAAUCAGCCCAAAAUUGUCCAGUCACUGCGAGAGAAGUUCCAGUGUCUUGGUUCCAGCAGUUUUGCAUAAGGAACGGACACUACUUUUAAUUCUACCUGGAGUUGCGAAAAUAAAGGCAAUUGAAUAUAUUACCACAUGGAAAAUGUUACAUGAUGCAAAGCUCAUUGAUAAAUUAUAGGAUUACGACAAGUUAGGUAAACGAUUUGCAUCACAGCUUCAGUGGAUCUUAGGUCCUUAGUAUAUGCACUCACAAUUCACUCGAAUAUGACACCUCAUAUUUUUCAUUCAUAUAAUAACUGGUAAUGCACUAAGCACAUUUUGCCAUAAGUAUAGAUUCAAAUAAAAGAUUUACUGUUUAAAUUCCUUUUUUUUUAUAAUGGGUAUUGAUCUUGACUUGAACUUGCAUGAUUGGGCUGAGGAGCGUCUAUCAGUCUGAGAGAGUUUCUUUUUAAGUGUUAAGAUUUUAGCACUUUCUUUCUCAAGCCACAACCUAGCAGCCAUUUUGCUAAGAAUUCCACCGCAAAACAUUUCAGGUAGCCUUGGAAAAAAUUUUAAUUUGUCGAUCCAACUUAACGUUUCCGUUAUUGUCGAUGCAAAGCCGAUAUAUUAGUGGCUGUCCGUAAUCGAUCAGGCUGCCUUUACAGUUGCUACAUAAAGAAAAUUAGGUCGUUAUCUACUGUUACUGGUUACGUCUGCAUGACCGUGUGUUCUCGAAGACCAAAAAUACAUUAAAAAUACACAUAUAUUUUACUAGGUAAUAAUAGGAAUCAAUAUAUACUGUAUAUAAGCCAUAGAUAUAUUUUAGAUAGUUUGAUAAAGGAGGCCUAUCCAUGCUUACCAUUGGUCAGAUAAAGUUUUUCCUCGAUAUGUUUCUGUUUGCCUCACAUUUAAACUAUACGCCUGACUAAGGCUUUAAGAAAAAAAAUUAUUUAGUACUGUCAUCGAUAAGCAAUAAGUCAUAAUUUAGGCUGAUUUUAAAUCAUUACCGAGGACCAGGUUAGCACCAGGUUACUUACAGACUCACAGUUAGAACUGUUGUAUAUUUCAUUUAGGCAUUUCUGCUUUUGUUCAGAAUGUUUCACAAUCACUCGCUCUCACUGUCCAAGCCCACGGAUUUGUCACUAGUUAAGUUACUUUAAAAAAAAAAACACUGGUUCAUCACACACACGUCGUUUGUUACUCGUUUGACAUUUUUAGAAUCACAUUAAAAUUUUUCAGAUUUUUAUUUAUUUAUUUUCUUUUAUUGCCGUCCUGUUUGAGAUAUUCCAAGUCUAACGUAGUAAUAUUUAUUAAAUAUCUACUGUCAGUAGCAAUAAUUUGGUUUAAGCUGUUUACAGUUAUUGUCGAUUUUCUUCCCCAUGAGCACUGAGCAAGACUAUCGCCAUAUUGGAACAAAUAAAGAUAGAAUUAUUAAAAUCCAGUUAAUAUCUUCAGUGAAAAUGUACCAAAUUGGUAAAAAUAUAUAUAUAUAUAAAUGAAGUAUGUUUAUAAGUUCCAUGUUUUUUGGGGGUUUUUUUGUACAUUGUUUCUUGUUUCACUGGGGAUUGCUAUCAUUUGUCCAUCUGGUUUGCACUUUUUUAUUUUAAUUUUUUAUUGCUUUUUUUAUUUGUUAUGAUGUACAUUUUAGUUUGUCAUUGAGUGUUGCCAUAGUUUUGCUCUGUCUUAAUUUUAAAUUAAAUGUACUGUAUCUUUUGUUUUUAUAAAACUGCCUAGUUGUAACUGCUCAAGGAAACCGAUGUAUCAAAGGCAAUAAAUAAAAUUUCAGUUCAAA